AGAGAUUUUUUUGUAGCGUUUGCUAUUCUUCUUCCUAAUGGAUAAUCAAGGAGUCACGGCAGACCCUCAACUGCAGCAGUUUAUCGAGGUCGAGUCUCAAAAGCAAAGGUUUCAGCAGCUGGUUCAUCAGAUGACAGAAGUGUGCUGGGAGAAGUGUAUGGACAAGCCUGGCCCGAAGCUUGACUCCAGGACAGAGGUGUGUUUUGUAAACUGCGUGGAACGAUUUAUCGAUACAAGUCAAUUUAUCCUCAACAGACUAGAGCAAACACAGAGAAGUAGAGGAAGCUUCUCUGAGACCAUGACAGACUAAUAAAACCACAGCCAAUGACAAAACCACAUCAUUCAGCCACUUACUGAGGCUCUGGCACGCCAGUGUAAGAGCUGUGAGGCACCAGCUAUCAACAGGAUUCAAUUAAUUUCUCAAAGACAAAGUGCCUCAUUUUGUUCUUUUUAUUAUUGCGAAGGCCAUACAUUUAAAAUCAAUGGAUGCAUGUCCCAGUCCCACAGCCUGUUUAUUGUCACCGUCGAUAUUGACAUUUCCCAGUGAAACAUCAUUGAAACAUCAACUGAAAGCUCCCUUUGUACCAAUCUUAUCUGGAAUUGAGGAGGUGGCUCGGCUUUCACUUUCUUUUCAGUCUACAUACCAAGUCGGCACUCCAUUGUCUUACUGGAAACGCAUCAAGAUCUGUGGCUUAUUCAGUGUGUGUUGAAAUGUGGACUUGAAAUAAAAAGAUAAAAUACC